AUGGAAAGAAUUGUUAUUAAUCCAGAACCCGACGGUUGGGAUGACAAAGUGCCCUGUACAUUGACCCAUCUUUCUGAUCCCAAGGCAUGUGAGAUUAUCCAUAGGAAUUUAACUCAUUAUUUACAUCUGACUAAUUUCGAUUCGUUGAUGAAAUUAGCUAAUAAUAUCAAUGAAUACUCGUUUGAAUGCACUCGCGAUGAAGCAAAUCAGAUACGUGAUAAUUUACAUCUGAUUUUGACCUCAACUUACUCGAAUGUAUGGCUUACGAUCGGCACUAAUCCUUUACACAGGUUGUAUCAAGAAACGUUUUCUGACAAGAAAACGAGUCAAGCAAAAUGGAUGAACGUCUUAUUCAGUUUUGGUUCUAUGUGUAACACUCAUAAAUUUUAUGAUCAUACAAAACAACUGCGUUAUACGGGUAUGAUCAAAGUGUGGAAAGAAGGAUGUCGUGCAACGACAAUCAAAUUAGAAGUGAAAAAUUCGAAUCGAAUGUUUACUAUUCCAGUUGAUUAUAUUCAAAAACAAUUAGUGGUAAACCCAGGUCAUCAAGGUCAACCGAUACAAAUAGUAAUGAUGUUGAAUAAUGCCGUACAAGUUUAUGAAACCGAUUCGAACAAAUCGUCAUCUUCUAGAGUGGGAUAUAGUACCGAAUGUGGCUUACUGAUUGACGUUGUGUCCAAAAGUUGUGAUUUGCUACUUCAGUUUGAUCCGCCGUCCAACGCAUGGCCAUUUCUUCUCUCGCUUCCACUUGUUGGUCAUACAAAUAAGAAUCAACGUCAAGAUAACAAUUUUCAAAUCAAUUUUACUCCAUUCACAGUGGAAGAAGGGCUUAUAACCACUUCUCUCACAAAGCAGGCUUUCCCUUCCGAGAAAAGCCAAUACGGAUUCGAGAUGUUACAAUCACUUGGUUAUGUUUUCUCUGACAAAUAUACUACCAUGGAACAAGACAUUCAACAAUCAUUUCUGAACAUAGCUCACCGGUGUCCGAAUAGGUUCUAUCAACUAUGCACUUCUGCUUACGAGAAAUUGAUUAGUAAUCAUUGCUGUUCUCUUGCUGAUUUGGUUCGUUUGCAUACAUUAGAUCUUGAGCGGACUACGGAUACAAUUAUUGAUAUGACUCACAUGGACGAGCAAGCGUUUGAAAUCCGAACUGCCGUGUUGACUCCAAUGCGUAUUAUCUUCAAACCAUUUAGUCGAGAAAUUGGAAAUCGAGCAUUGCGUCUACGAGGCGCGAAUAGAUACAUUCGAGUUAAUAUUCGUGAUGAAGAUGGUGAGGAAUUGGAAAAUAUAACUGACCACAUUCGGCAACGUCUCAAGUCAAAAAUGCUUACUGAUGGCAUCAAAUGUAUGAAUCAAACUUACUAUUUAGUUGGUUCUUCAACUAGCCAAAGUAAAAAUCAUUCUUACUGGUUCACAACGUUAAGUUCUCAAGAAACAAUUGAGAAAAUACAGGCAGAAUUUGGCAAUUUUACUCAAAUUGAUAAUCUGGCUACAUAUGCGGCUAGAAUUGGUCAAUAUUUUUCAACAUCAAUACCAACUGGUAUACGCCUAAAAUACGUGGAUAUGUCAAAAUGCAAUGAAACACAAUCAGCCGUUCCGUUUUACAACGUGUGGAAUCAACUUCGAUCUUGGAUGCGAAUUCCAAUCAUAACAAAAACAGAUACUCUUUCACAGGACUAUGCUGUGUUCAUUAUUAAGGAUAUUUAUGAAAAUGGUUAUUGCUUUACUGACGGAUGCGGUUUGAUUUCAUUAGGAUUGGCUGCAAAAGUUGCAGAAAACAUCGGUCUACAAAUAAAGCAACCCAGUGAUAUUCCUUCGAUUUUUCAAAUCCGUAUGGCCGGAUGCAAAGGAACGUUAGUGAUCGACCCAGAAUCACGGUCUGCAGACUAUUUCAUCAAAGUACGGGAGAGUAUGGUGAAAUUUCCUAGUAACGACUGGACAUCGGACGUAUGUGACUAUUCUCGAUUAGUGCCACUGAGCUUGAAUAAUCAAAUUAUUCGUUUACUUAGUGAUUUGGGAAAUACAUAUGCUGUGUUUGAAUCGUUACAAUCUCGAAUGGCUAAACCAGCUCUAUGGCACGCAUCUGGAGACGCUUGUUUUAACGCAUUUGAGACAAAAAUAGUUGAGCGUCAACAGAAACGUUUUUUAACUGUAAAGGAAAAUCUGCUAGAAAACAAGAUUCCAUUGCCCGUUAAUGAGGCGCGAAACAUGUUUGGCGUUGCCGAUGUUACUAGUAAAUUAGAUUACGGACAAUGUUUUAUACAGUACGAAGUCGAAUCAAACGGAGACAAAAGAACAUUUAAAGUACUUGAAGUCAUCGUAACGAAAAAUCCUUGUUUGUAUCCGGGCGAUAUUCGAAAACUGACAGCUGUUAAUGUACCGCUGUUGAGACAAUGUAUGCGCAAUUGCAUUGUGUUUCCGACGAGAGGAGCUCGUCCUCAUAGUGAUGAAAUCAGUGGAUCUGAUCUUGAUGGAGAUCAAUAUUGGGUUUAUUGGGGAAAGGAUUUGAAAAUCAAUCAACCCGUUGAUCCAUUGGCACAUUCUUCUGCUGAGAAAUUGAAAGAACCGCACAUUACUACCGAAAAGAUUGUUGAUUACUACUUGAAUACGAUGUCGUCCAGAUGUUAUUCACUUAUAGCUGAGAUGCAUACUAUUGUUGCUGAUCAAGAAACCGACGGAACAUUCUCAUCAAAGUGUGUUCAAUUGGCAAAUUUAUUUUAUCGUGCUAUUGACUCGCCGAAGACAGGUGAAAGUAUUAAUAUGGAUUUUGUGAAUCAAAUGCGAGAUGAAUACUCCAGAUUUCCGAAAUUUAUGAUGAAAUUUGACCGUGCGUUUUAUGAAUCGAAAUCUGUUCUCGAAAAACUAUAUCUUAGAGCAAAGAAAAUUCACCUUGAAAAGAACGAUCGUUAUGAAACAUACCGAACAACCUCUUUUUCGCAAAUAUCGAAAUCACCAACAAUUGUCGCACUAUCAAGUACAGAAAACUCGUCGGCAUCUCUUCAAUUUUGGCAAUGGAUUUUAAGUUCACUACGUAUUUAUGGAUUUGCGUAA